UCACUGCUGCGUGGCAGAAAACGCAGCCAGUAACUCAGUACGCGGAUGUGAGCGACGGCGAAGAGGAAGGGCCCGACAAGAAGAAGGUGAAGCGGUAAGGAAUGGGGCGGGCCGAUCAUACGCCUCGGCCGGCAGCUGCGUGUGGUAUUUCGUGGGGGAGGGGGGGGCACGGUCGGAGGGAGCAUGAGUCUAAAUUUGGAGGAGGAAAGGGCAAACAUUGGCUGGAUUGGACUCAUUGGAGUCAGGGCGAGCUAACCAAGGGAUCAAUCAGCAGCAGGACACUGGAGAGAUGGAGGAGACCGAGGUGGCAAGAGUUCUUUGCGGCCUGCGUGUUUCCAAGGGAUCUCUCCACUUGUUCAUCUUUCCAUCAGAUUAGCUUCGCUGGGAGCAGCCGUCAAACGCAACGCGGCAGGCAAAGCACUUGCAGGAGUGUGGACAUCCCCGCCACAGCCAACUCAUCAGGCCAGGCCCGCCGGGGGUGUGUGUGCCUUAGCCAACGAGCGACUGGAGGCCCACGACGAGAGAUUGACGCGCCUCCAACCCGCUGGCAACUCUUGGACCCUUUACUUUCUUCUCUCCCUUCUUGUUGUCCCCUUCUUAAGCUACCCAACUGGAAGCGAGAGGCGACAGAUGCCAAGUGGCGUGGAUCCGGCGGCAUUCCUUGGUGGUGGCCGAUGGUUACCCGACCCGACAGGCCAGGCCAGGCCAGGCCACACGCGUUUGACACCCGUGCUUACCCUCCUCUGUGGUGUGGUAUUAUAGCGUAGACGGUUUGAGGAGGCGCAGGCUGGCAGGGUGUGUGGGCGGGCUAGUAACCGAAGCCAGCCAGCCAGUCGGCCGCCAGUGCCUGUCUGCAAUAAUGCACGGAAAAGCCUGGCCCG